AUGCAUCCCCACUUGCACACCAAGGACAAUUUCGAAUGCGAAGACAUCAUGGUCGCCCUCGAAGAAUGCCACGCCAAGGGCUUCAUGUUCAAGUCCCUCGGUGGCUGCAACGAUGCCAAAGACAAGGUCACAGAGUGCCUCAAGGGUGCGCGCGCGAGGCGCACGGAGGCCAACCGCGCUGCGGCGCGGGCGAAGCGGGAGGAGCGCGAGAACAGGAUAAAAGAGCUGAACAAGUCUCUCGGCCUCGAUUAG